AUGAAGGUGGAGGAGGAGCCCCCGCUGUCGAUGGAGAGCGAGCGCUUGGAGGACAGCGACUGGGCGUCUCGUCUGGGCCCCCGCUGCUGCUGCUCGUCUGGGCGCAGGAUCAGGCCGUGGUGGUCGUUGUCGGCGGCCGAGAUCCGCCUGCCUGUGCGGCCCGCGGCGUCCGAGACCUGCGGCGGCCGAGGGGAACGCUCACCGGAGAGGAGCGCUCGCCGCUCGAGGGAGGCGCGGAGGAGGUUCGGUGGACGGCUGCCGCUCCACUGCUCGCCGGGGCCGCGCGGUGGAGCCUACAGCGGAGUGCACAUCUUCAUUUUUCCUUGCUCCUCACACCAUCGCCUCCAGCGACCAGCCCCCUUCAGUCGGCCGUCGUUCCCUCGUCGAUGUCCAGGUUCUCUCCCGCCGCUCUUCGAGUGGAGAUUUUUCAGCGCUCAGCCUUAUCUCGUCUCCGUUCCUCCUCCUCUUGAUAUUUCUUUACCGUCACCGCCCCUGCUCCUAUUUAACGCGCGCGCGCAAUCCUGCUUCUUCCCCGCGCGGCAGUCUCCCAGCUCCCUUGCGCGCUCGUUCUGCCGCGCAGCCUCAGCGCCGCACACCUGUUCGCCAUGGCGUUGGCCGCCGCGCUACUACCAGCCGAGCUCGCCUGGCCGAGCUCUCUGCUCACCAUGGACGCCCAGCAGUUUUUUUUCUUCCAUCGCGCAGCACCAGCUUCCCUCUCCCAUGCCGACACGUUCCGCUCUCUGUUGUUCCCAGUCCGUCCUGGCUGCGGGCGCGCUUACCUCGGACAGCCAUGGUGCUCUGCGCCCCGAGCUCUCUGCGUGUCGCGCCGUUCCUAGCUCCCUGGCGCGCGCGAGUUCUUCUGCUAGCACUGCUCCCUGCGUCGCGCCCAGCUCUGUUGUCGCGCGAGCUCCACCUUCCUUAGCCGAUGUGCCUCUCUGCUGGUCGGAGCUCUAGCAUGCCGCGCCCACCUGCUCCUUGUUUUUCUCUGCGACGUGGAGUCUCCUCCCCGCGUUCGGAUCUCGCCUGGUCGCCGUUGUCGCUCUGCUCGACGUUCUGUGCACCCAUUUCCCUGCUGUUGUGUUGACCGGAGUUUCCUGCUGGCCAGCGUGUCCUCUCGACUCGCUUGGCCUGAAUUCCCAUCGCGCCGACGAUCUUGACGGGUAUCGUCAUUCGUCGUCGUAUCGUGCGUGCAACAGUCCUAGAUCUGUGCCGUCCUGGUCUUGUUGUCGACAUCGUUCGCCGUGGCUCAACUUGCUAGUUCAUCGUUAUUUCAUCGUCACGUCGUCUGCCGUCGAGUCGUCAAACAUGUCAUCCCCUGCUCGACCCCCACCUCACCAGCUCGCUCCAAACACGAUCUCGUCGUCGACCCACGUGCCCACGACGUGCUCGUCGAUUUUGAUGAUUUGA